CUUUCUUUCUGUCUGCAGCUGUCAAGUAUUUUGCCAGUGACAAUGUGGCUCAUCACUUUCCUGCUUUUGGGGCUUCUAAAGUUCUCUCUGGCUCAGGACAGAGAUCCUUUCCAGUGGCUUUCAUCCCUGCACAGCCGUGGUUACGCAUCUCUGCAGGCCGACAACACUGGAGGAGAAUGUCCUGAGGAGUGCGACUGUCCUCCAACCUUCCCAAUUGCCAUGUACUGUGACAACCGCAACAUGAAAAAAAUGCCUUACAUCCCAUCCAGGAUGAAGUAUGUGUACCUGCAACACAAUCAGAUCAUCUCUGUUCCAGAUAACGCUUUUGGAAAUGCCACCAACCUUGUGUGGGUUAUGUUGCAUGAGAAUCAUAUUAACUCAGUGGGCAAGCAAGCUUUUGCUAAACUGGUGAACUUGGAUCGCCUGUACCUGAACAACAACAACCUAACCGAGAUGCCAUCCAACCUGCCUCGCUCAUUACGUGACCUUCGUCUCAAUCACAAUAAAAUCACCAAGAUGCCCCCUAACGCUUUUGAGGGCAUGGAGAAUUUGACCAUACUUUUGCUUCAUAACAACGGUCUCCAGGAUAUUGGUGGUGGCCUGAAAGGUCUGAAGUCGUUAACUCUGCUGGAUGUUAGCAGUAACCAGCUCAAGAAGGUUCCUAAUGGUCUCCCUGAGAUGCUUCACCAGCUCUACCUAGAGUCCAACUCCAUCGAAGCAGUUCCAGAGAACUUCCUCAGCCAGUUCACCAAUCUACAGUAUAUGCGUAUUUCUCACAAUCAUCUCACAAACAAAGGCAUCCCUCAAAACACUUUUAACAACAGCGGUCUGGUGGAGCUGGAUUUGUCCUUCAACAAGUUGGAGAUCAUCCCUGUUGUUAGUACUAAUCUGCAACAUCUUUAUCUACAGGCCAAUCAGAUCAAAGAGUUUACAUUGGGCAGUUUCUGCAGUGUGGUGGAUGUCAUGAAUUUCUCCAAGCUGAGAGUCUUGAGACUGGAAGGAAAUGAGAUCAGUGCUAGAGACAUGCCCUCUGAAGCUGCCCUUUGUCUUCGUCUGGCUACUGAUAUUGCAGUGUAAUGGCAGUUACCAAUCAGCAGGGGGCUCUUUUGUUUUUCUCCAACAUAA